CAAAUCCUCCGCCUCCCCCGCCCGCCCCUCACCCAGCGGCCCCGGCGCGGCGGCGUGAGGCUCCCGCGCCUUCCCCGGCGGCGGAACCCCCGAGCAGAAGCUUUCUCUGUGGAAGACUUAACAGUGAAGAGACCUCUGUUCUUAACUUUUGGGAAAAUGGCAUCAGAAGACAUCACUAAACUUGCUGAGUCACUUGCCAAAACAAGUGUGGGUGGUGGACAGUUGAGCUUCAAAGGCCAGAGCCUUAAACUCAACACAGCUGAAGAUGCUGAAGAUGUGAUCAAGCAAAUUGAGGAGUUUGAUGGCCUGGAAGCCUUGCGCCUGGAAGGCAACACAGUGGGAGUGGAGGCAGCAAAGGUUAUUGCCAAGGCCUUGGAGAAGAAAAGUGAGCUCAAGAGGUGUCAUUGGAGUGACAUGUUCACAGGCAGGCUAAGGUCUGAGAUCCCUCCUGCUUUGAUCUCUUUGGGGGAUGCACUCAUAGCUGCUGGAGCCCAGCUGGUGGAGCUGGACCUGAGUGACAAUGCCUUUGGGCCUGACGGUGUGCGGGGCUUUGAGGCCCUGCUGAAGAGCCCUGCAUGCUACACCCUGCAGGAACUCAAGCUCAAUAACUGUGGCAUGGGCAUUGGUGGUGGCAAGAUAUUGGCAGCUGCUCUGAAAGAGUGUCACAGGAAAUCAAGUGCCCAGGGCAAGCCUCUUGCUUUAAAAGUAUUUGUGGCUGGCAGAAAUCGUCUGGAGAAUGAUGGUGCCACUGCCCUGGCUGAAGCCUUCGGGAUCAUUGGGACUCUAGAAGAGGUUCAUAUGCCACAGAAUGGAAUCAACCAUCCUGGCAUAACAGCACUGGCACAGGCCUUUGCUAUCAACCCACUGCUGAAGGUUAUAAACUUGAAUGACAACACCUUCACGGAGAAAGGAGCUGUGGCCAUGGCAGAUACUCUGAAGGCGCUCCGUCAGAUUGAGGUGAUCAACUUCGGGGACUGCCUGGUGCGUUCCAAGGGUGCUGUUGCCAUUGCUGAUGCUGUUAAAGAAGGGCUUCAUAAAUUAAAGGAGCUGAAUUUGUCUUUCUGUGAGAUCAAGCGAGAUGCUGCUCUGACUGUUGCUGAAGCUAUUGAAGAUAAGACAGAGUUGGAGAAGUUGGAUCUCAAUGGUAACUGUCUGGGAGAAGAGGUGUGUGAGCAGCUCCAUGAGAUCCUUGAAGGCUUCAAUAUGGCAUCAGUGCUGGGAUCUUUGAGUGAUGAUGAAGGGGAGGAGGAUGAUGAGGAGGAGGAAGAUGAAGAUGAGGAGGAGGAAGAGGAGGAGGAACAGCAACAGCUGAAGGAGAGAGGAGCAGAAGAGCAGGAGUCACUGACUCCUAAGAAGAUAAUUGAUUCACAGGCUUCAACUCCAGUGCCAUCUCCUCCUGUGGAUGUUGCCACGUUCCUUGCUUUCCCAUCACCAGAGAAGCUGCUGCGACUAGGACCAAAGUGCUCUGUGCUGAUAGCUCAGCAGACAGAUACAUCUGAUGUAGAGAAAGUAGUUACAACCCUCCUAAGGAUAUCCUCAGUCUUCAAAGAUGAGGCCCCAGUGAAAACAGCAGUGCAUGAAACAACAGAUGCCUUGAUGAAAAAAGCCUUCAGUUCUGCCACAUUUAAUUCAGAUGCAUUCAUCUCAAACCUCUUGGUCCACAUGGGACUGCUGAAGAGUGAAGAGAAGAUCAAAACUGUACCAAGUCUCUAUGGUAUUCUUAUGACUUUGAACCAUAUGGUCCAGCAGGAUUAUUUCCCUAAAUCCCUGGCCCCAGUUCUCUCAGCUUUUGUUACAAAACCCAACCGUGCCCUUGACUCCUGUUCAUUUGCUCGCCACAUGCUCUUACAGACCCUCCACCAGCUGUAGGAGACCAGAGCUGCCCUUCCUUCCUUCCCUCCUUCCCCAUGGGACUGCCAUCAGCAGAGAACUCGGAGCUGCAUAGUGGGACAGGAUCCCAGAGCCCAUACAGACAUGCUGUCCUUUUUUUUUCCCCCUGUAGGAAAUCUGUCCUUUCUUCUGCUUUCAUAAACUUGAACAAAUCCUGCUGAAUUGUCUUCCUACUCCUCUUGAAGUGAUUCCCUGGUCUGUAGGGCAGGUGCUUACGCUAAAAUAAGUCUGUACUGCUGUGAGCUCAGCAUGAAUUGAAGAGUUCUCCAUUUUGGUUGCAUUACCAAGGAUGCCAAGACUAACACAGGGCCCAGAAGAGCUCUCAUCUGGAUCAGCCCAGUUGGGCAUUCUGUUUUAUUGGACUUUGACUCCUGCCUUAUAGCAUUUAGCACUGUGCCAGAGGGAGGCUGUGCUGCUGCCCUGCUUCUCUGAGCCAGAGGGGUGAGGUGUGAUCCCCUUUGGUUCUUCUUUCAAGUCUGUUGUCAAAGGUAGUGGGUGGCUGAUUCUUAUUUUAAUAUCCUCUUCACCUUCUGCUGUGGCUUGGAGUAUUUGUGUAGUGUGGUUGAUCCUGGUGGCCAUUGCUUAAAGGAAUGAACAUACUUUAUUGUAAAUUUUUUUUGCCAUUGCCUAUGUUGUUUAUUCUUCCUGCCCCUUUUCCUUCUCACCCUAAUUAAAUAGGCUUGGUUUGGAAAUGAAUACAGUCCAUGAAAUCCCUGUGGAAUGUGUCCCUUUCUCUUCCCUUUGACAAAACACCGGGUCUGUGUGCACUGGUCACAUGUUUGAAAGCCAAGCACAUGUAAAAAUAUGGAGAGAGAAGGCUGUGCUUUUCUCUUGGACUGAGCAAGUAGCAGCAGAUGUCCUUAAAUCUGUCUGGAGGAUUGUCCAUGUGUCCAUACAGCCCUCUGAGCCACCAUGACAUUCCUCCAUACAACUUACAAAAGUUUAUGUCAAUUGCCUGAAAUGUUAUGUAAAUAAAAAUUAACUCCACAGCCUUA